GCGAGGCUUCCCUCUCCAUUCGUCCUACCUCCCUGUUCGUUUCUUGCUGUGGACUGCAGCGACCGACUGAAUUAAUCAUGGCGUUUCCGUACAUGGAAGCUGUUGUCGGGUUUAUGGUAUUAAUGUACAUAUUUGAAACUUACUUGGAUGUGCGACAACAUGCGGCUCUCAAACUGCCUACUCUUCCAAAUACUUUGAAAGGAGUAAUCAGCCAGGAGAAAUUUGAGAAAUCUAGAGCCUAUAGUCUUGAUAAAAGCCACUUUCGUUUUGUUCAUGAGUUUGUGACUAUAUUGAUGGACUGUGCGAUUUUGUUAUGUGGCAUCUUGCCCUGGUUUUGGAAGAAAUCAGGAGACUUUGCGGUAUUAGUUGGUCUCAAUGCUGAAAAUGAGAUACUACAUACCCUUGCCUUUUUAGCUGGUGUCAUGGUCUGGUCACAGAUAACUGAUUUGCCUUUUUCACUGUACUCAACUUUUGUGAUUGAGGCACGACAUGGUUUCAAUAAGCAAACAUUAGCAUUAUUCUUUAGGGACAUGUUGAAAGGAGUCUGCCUUUCUGUUAUAAUUGGCCCACCUAUAGUGGCUGCAAUCAUUGUCAUCGUGCAGAAAGGAGGUCCUUACCUUGCCAUCUAUCUCUGGGCGUUUAUGUUUGUUCUUUCUAUUGUAAUGAUGACUCUUUAUCCAGUUCUUAUUGCCCCUCUCUUCAAUAAGUUCACCCCUCUUCCAGAAGGUACUCUCAAGGAGGAAAUUGAGAAACUUGCUCUCUCCCUCAAGUUUCCAUUAAAGAAGUUAUUUGUUGUUGAUGGAUCCAAAAGGUCAAGCCACAGCAAUGCUUAUAUGUAUGGAUUCUUCAAGAACAAGCGAAUUGUACUUUAUGACACAUUGGUUCAGCAGUGCAAAGAGGAUGAGGAAAUUGUCGCUGUUAUUGCCCAUGAACUGGGGCAUUGGAAGCUCAACCACACUGUGUACUCAUUUGUUGCUGUGCAGAUUCUUACUCUAUUGCAAUUUGGAGGGUAUACUCUUGUGAGAAACUCAACUGACUUAUUUCGAAGUUUCGGGUUUGAUACACAACCAGUCCUUAUUGGACUUAUUAUAUUUCAGCAUACUGUAAUUCCUCUGCAGCACUUAGUCAGCUUUGGUCUGAAUCUUGUGAGUCGAUCAUUUGAGUUCCAGGCCGAUUAUUUUGCUAAGAAGCUUGGAUAUGCAUCUGCAUUACGAUCCGGUCUUGUGAAAUUACAGGAGGAGAAUCUCUCAGCCAUGAAUACAGAUCCUUGGUACUCUGCUUAUCACUACUCUCAUCCUCCCCUUGUUGAAAGAUUGGCGGCACUUGACAAAUCCGACAAGAAGGCAGAUUGAGGGUAGCACUCUAUUAGGAUGAAGAGCGGCGAAAAUCCAUUGUUGUGUAACUAUGGUUUAGAAAAUGAGAUAGCUAGAGCGAAAGGGAAUAGGAAUCAUAACAGGACUUAAAUCCUCUUGUAUGUCUAAAUGCCAUUUUCACCGUUUAUGAAUCUUGCCGAAUUUUUUUUUUGCAUAUGCCACAUAAAACUUCCAGAUACGGAUUUCGUGGAGCUGUUCUAGUUAUAGCUAACGUGUGGUGGACGUCCUAUGAAAAUAUGACGAGAGUUGGUUUGGACUUUGGAUC